GAGCAGUUGGGAAUACUUCGUCGUCAAAAGUGGUCGUUUUUAAAUCGUCGAGUUGAAUGAUAAUCUGUGCAAGAAAAAUUUUCUCCUUUGGAUACUUAGUUUUCUCCUUUAUAAUUUGAAUCAACAAUUAGUUAAAGGUGCGAAAUUUGCAACGGUUUUCAUUCAUUUCAUAGCGGCUAAAGUUGAUCAAAUUCAUUGCUAAAUUAUUUGUGUGAUUCGUUAUUGUAACGGGUGAUUUCAAAGCCACUUCAUAUAAAAAUUAUAAAAAAAAGAAAAGAAAAACCAGAAAUUUUCUUUUUUCUCUUAUCACAAGGGAGGGCUUGUGAUGCUUCCAGUGAAAGGGAAAAGAAUGUGAAAGUGAUGCAAAAAGCUUAACAGCCAUUAUUCUCUCGUCCCUCGCUACAGUAAUCGAAGCAACAAAGAAAGAACGAAAAAAAAAACUUUUACACAGAGUUUUCUGUACAACAACGCGAUUCCACCUUCGUCCAUUACGUUAUCUAUCUCCCCUGCCAAUGAAAGACGAAGAAAAAUUGAAGGAGAAAACAGAACAAGAAAAAAAACUGUGCGAGAGAGAUUCAAGUGACGAAGAAGCAAAAAAAAAUAAGAAAAAAUAAAGUUAGGAAGAUUCAUGAAAAACCUUCCAAGCAGUGGCGUGAGAGAAAAAGCAGAAAGUGUGUGAACUUGAGAUUAUUUCUGCUUCUUGAUAGCGACAAAGGUACAAGGCGGAAAAGAAAGGAAAAUGAUUGCAGAAAAAUGUGUAAAAUAUAAAAGAGAAGAAGAAGAAAUUAUAUGAGCGUGAAAAAGAGAGAGCGAAAGAAAAAGCAAAUGAAAAUUUAUUUUCUGAUGUCAAAGGAUACGCAACGAAAGGAGAAAGGGAAAAAUAUUUUUUAGGAUGAAACAAAUUAAGGCAAUACAUGGAUUAUCAACUCAAUACAUUCAUCAUGAGUGAUUGCUGAACAUAUUUCAAAUGGAGUGGAAUCAACACUCAAAUGUUAAUUAAGCAUUAGAAGCCCAAAGAAAUGUAAAAUGUUCCAAGGAAGCCCCAUUCUUUUACAUUAUUUCAGCGGGCAUCCUUGGAAAACGAAUUUCAAUUAAUAACUAGUAACGUGCGAUGCACGCAAAUGUACAUGGAGCAGACCGUUCAGGCGGCGGAGGCGGUAAAUCAUGGCAAAUACCGCCAGACGAAACACUUCAAGUUGGCGCCGAUAAAAAGGAUAAGGAAGCGGAUCUUUAUGGAUCUGAGGGACACAACUGGCGUAGUAUCAUCUUCUCACUUUUUGUUAUCGGCACAGUCAUAGCCGGAAUCGUUACAGCAAUUUAUUUAUUAGGAUAUGUCGACGAAUUACUUUAUUGGUCCGGAAAGCGAAUGAAAUUUGAUGAUUAUCUGCAAGGCGAACUCGUACCGAAACGUCUACCAUCAUCAUGGGUCACUACAACAAAAUUUGUUUUUCAAUCGGACGAUGGGAGUCUAGCGAUACUCGACACUGCCAACGAUUCCGUGACCACAUUGGUCACGAAUCAUACGAUGAGACAAAUUAAUGUAAAAAGUUAUCAGUGCUCCACCGAUCUGCGAUAUGUGUUAUUUACCCACAAUGUAAAAUAUAUCUAUAAGAACUCUUAUACAGCGUUAUUUACCGUCUAUGAUGUCACAAAUGAUCAUCACAUGCCUGUUCGGUUAAAAGACUCGCCGAAAUCAAAGCGUACCCGAAUGCAGCACGCUGAGUGGCUUGGAAAUUCAACAUCGCUAAUUAUCAUAACCGAGAAUGAUAUUUAUUUGAGACAAUCACCAGCCGAUGAAGAGGGUAUUCGUUUAACACACACAGGCGUUCCAGGCCUGAUUUAUAAUGGAAUAACCGAUUGGCUAUAUCAAGAGGAAAUUUUCAAGUCACAAAAAGCAGUGUGGGGAUCAAACGAUGGCUCCAUGCUUCUCUAUGCGACUUUCAACGAUACCAAUGUUGGACAAAUGAUGUAUCCAUGGUUUUCAUCAAACCCUCUCAUUCAAUCUGGUGGUCUAACGAGUAAAGGAUCAUUUCCAGACUCACGUAGCAUUCGUUAUCCAACACCUGGUACACUCAAUCCUGAAGUAACACUUUGGCUUCUUGACUUAUCUAAUCUGAAAGAUGUACAGAAAUAUUUGAUUAGGGAACCAGUUUCAUUAGAGGGACAGGACAGUUACUUAGUUUCAGCGUCGUUUAUAACAUCACAAGCAACUCAGGCCGUCUCCAUAGUGUGGAUGGCGCGACCACAAAACUUUACUGUCGUUUCAACAUGUUUUUCUCCAAAGUGGAAAUGUUCUGAGACACAUUCUGAACGUGCGCCAGAAGACGAAUGGCUAGACAUUUUACCUCAUCCGGUUUUUUCGCCUGAUGGAAAUUCAUUUAUGUUGUUGGCGGGUAUUCAAGAAUCCGACAAAGAACAUUUUACACACAUAAAACAUGUCACGAUUACGCAACAAAGGAUAUCGGUCAUUUCUCAUGGUCGUUAUGAGGUUCUGAGGAUAUUGGCAUGGGAUACACUAAAUCAUUUGGUGUAUUAUCUCGGCACGCAAGACAAGAAACCCGGCCAACAACAUUUGUAUGUUGUCAAAGAUCCCGUCGACGAAGACCCGAGAAGAACGGAACCGCAAUGCAUAACAUGUGACGGUGAAGUGCUGUGGAGCAGUCGCUACUAUUACGAUAAUUGCUCACAUUUCGGGGCUUAUGUUGCCCCUCAGUCUUCCAUUUCGUCGGACGUUGGAGUUGAUUAUUACAUUCUCGAAUGUCGUGGUCCUGGUUUGCCUUUAGCUGGUGUACAUUCAGCAAAAACUCAUCGACUUAUAAGAGUUCUUUAUGACACGAGAAAGCAAUUCUCGAAGAAACUUGAAGCGUUAGCUCUACCAACGAUGCAAUCUCUUGAGAUUCCACUAUCGCAUGGGACACGAGCUAACGUACAGAUUCUCUUUCCCCCGAGUUGGCGUAAAGAGCUGAGAGACGCAGCUUUCCCGGUGCUAGUUGAAGUUAACGGAAAACCUGGCGAGACGGCGGUAGUUGACGAGUUCCGUAUCGAUUGGGGAACUUACAUGUCAAGUCAUAAUGAUGUGAUUUACAUAAGGCUCGAUGUAAGAGGUGCAAAGGGUCAUGGGAAGAAGAAACUUUAUCGGCACUUGGGAGGUGUUGAAGUUGCGGAUCAAAUUGCUGUUUUAGAGUACCUGUUGAACAACUUAAAAUAUCUCGAUGAGACAAGAGUUGGUGUGUGGGGCUGGGGUUAUGGUGGAUAUGUAACAGCAAUGAUUCUUGGUUCGAAUAAAAAAGUUUUCAAGUGUGGAGUGGCAGUUUCCCCCAUCACCGAUUGGCUUUAUUACAAUUCUGCUUUCACGGAACGAAUAAUGGGAUUACCAGUGGAGAAUUACAAAGGAUAUGUUGAAGCUGAUGCGACACAAAAGGCAAAGUACAUCGAAACUGACACGUUCUUCCUUAUACACGGCUUAGCUGAUGCAACAGCUCCGUAUCAUCAUAGCAUUCAACUGGCGAGAUCGUUGACUGAUGCUGGCACUAUUUUUAGAUAUACGUCAUACGCUGAUGAAGGUCAUGAUCUGAGAGGCGUGACUGAACACGUGUAUCGUUCGAUGGAACAUUACUAUCGAGAUUGUUUGUCGUUAGACGAAGAUUCCGACGUUCCCAUGGAUAGCGUUGUUCCUGUGCCGUCAGAGUAAUAAAAAUAAUAUGUGCUAGAUAUAAUAAAAGUUUAAGUGUAUAAAAAUCGCUGACGCUUCUUAAAGCUAAUAACGUAACGAGUCGUUAAAAUCAUAAUGUGAAUGUGAAUGCUAAAAAACUGACCAGGAGAAUUUUCAUGUGAGAAAAAAAGAGAAAACUGGGAUUGUUUAAAUGUAGUCACUAAUCAAGCAACCAACAAAUUAUACAUAUGUGGUCAGCCUAAUCAAAUGAAAAAUACUUAAAAUAAAAACACACAAACCAGAGUUGCGUCGAAACCACGCUCAUCAAAUUUUACUUACAAACUUACGAAAAAUGUGAAAUUGUAAGUAAGUCAAAGCACAACUCUGACACAAACAGACAGAAAACGGACGAGAAAAGAAAUCAAAGAAAAACUAAAAUAAUUUACAUUGAAAUCUUCCAUUUGACGCUUUGUUUUAAUAAUUAAAAUAAUGUUCGUUCGAUCUUAGAUGUUAGGUGCAAGUUUAUGUGAAAAUUUAAAAUUUAGGAACGAUUUUAAAUAGCAACCGUAGCCUAAAAAACAAGAUUAAGAAACAACAAGACCAUCGAGUGAACAGGAUGAAGGAGAUUAAACUUUGUUGUGGUUUUUCUUACAUCUUACUUAUUUCAUUAACUAGUCUUCUCUACUCUUUCAACUUUUUAUCUGACGUAAUAUUUAAAGAUGAAAUGCUUUUCCACUCAUAUUGAUAAACGAUAAAGAUCAAGAACGAGUGAAUUUACAAUAAUUAACCAAGUGCUUCUAUUUAACAAAAAAUAAUUUCGUAUAAAUAUUCUUAAAACUUAUCAUUGAAUGAGUCGCGAUCUCUGUCCAUUAAAUGUUAAAUAAAUUAUUCAUUUCACAGGCCAUUGAAGAUCGUGCGCAAGUUUUUCAAGCUUUAGAACAACUUAAGCCGAUGGAUUCAAAUAAAUUCUAAAUGCUACGAUAAAAAAUCAUUUAAUUCUUCCAGAAAUAUAAAAAUCAAUGAAUAAAGUUUUGGACGAAAACAUCGAAAAUAUGCAAAAGCGAUUCGUUAAGCACUGAUUAUAAUGAAGCAAAAAGA